AGAAAUGUGGUGUUUACACACCGUGGAGUACUACGCUGCCGUAAAGAGGGAUAGGCCUGAGUCAGCUGUGGGACAAUGGGUGCACCCCGAGACCAUGAUGUCAAGUGGAAUAAAGCAGACGCACGAGCUCAGAUGCUGCCUGGUUUCCUUAGGGUCAGCUCGGAGCCGGGGCCCGGGCCCUCUGUUCAUGGCACAGGCUGCAAGAGGCUGCUCGCUGGCGCCUGUUUUUAUAACCUUGUGGCUGCUGAUCAAGGCUCAGAUCGAGGUGUGCAAGCGCGGCGACGUCACCGUGAGCCCGGCCCGCGUUGUGGCUCUCGGCUCGGCAGUCCACGUCUCCUGCUCCCUGAGGCCUGCCCGGGGCUGCCAGCCCAGCUCCAGCCAGCUGACCCUCUACAGGUCCAUCCUGGGCCUGGCCCAGCCCACACAAGUCGCCUCCCAGCGUGGCCCAGCCCUCAGCGCCCGCGUCUCGGACCUGCCCCUGGGCACAACCCUCUUUGUCUGCAAGCUGGCCUGUGCCAGAGGCUCCCCCGUCCCUGUGUGCGGCGUGGAGGUCUCCGUGGGCGCCGCGCCAGAGCCGCCUCGGAACGUGUCCUGCGUGCAGGAGGGGCGGCACGGGGCCGUGGCCUGCUCCUGGGACCCCGGCAACGUCACCCCCCUGAGCCACAACUACACGCUGCAGCUAGAGGGGCCGAAAAAUGUAACUUGGCAGAAGCACUGCGGUAAUGACUGUCGUCACUUGGACCUUGGAAUCAACCUCCCCGCGGAGCAGCUCGAGUCAAGGUUCACAGCCAGGGUCACCGCCACCAACCGCCUGGGGAGCUCAUCCUCGCUCCCGCGCACGUUCGCCUUCCUGGACAUAGUGAAGCCGCUUCCCCCGUGGGACGUCCGAGUCCAGUUCCUGAAUGGCUCCGGCAGCCGCUGCAGCCUCCAGUGGAGAGACGAGGCCUGGGUGCUGCUCAACCGGCUCCGGUUCCGGCCCCGGGACGGUGGGGCCUGGAGGACGGUCAACGUGACUGAUGCCAAAGGCAGACACGACCUGCUGCGCCUGGAGCCCUUCACGGAGUACGAAUUCCAGGUGUCCUCCAAGCUGCGUCUUUCCGGGGGAAGCUGGAGCGGCUGGAGCGAGCCCCUGAGAGUGUGCACACCGGAAGAAGAGCCCACGGGGACGCUGGACGUGUGGUUCUGGAGCCGGCGUGAGGGCGGCGGCCGGCGGGUCUCCCUGUUCUGGAAGAGCCUGGACGUGGCGGAGGCGAGAGGGAAGAUCCUGCGCUAUCAGGUGGCCCUGCAGGAGGUGGCGGGCACAGCCACGCUACAGAACAUCACCCAGGGCACCUCCUGGACCUGGCUCAUCCCCAGCACCGGGACCUGGGCUGCAGCGGUGUCCGCGGCCAACUCCAAAGGAAGCUCCCGGCCCACGCGCGUGGCCAUAGUGGACCUGUGCGGCACAGAGCAGUACGUGGUGGAGUGGACGGCGCAGGCCGCGCGCGCCCCGCAGGCGCCCCCCAGCUGGCUGCGCGUCCCCGCCUCCAGCACGUCCGCUGUCAUCUCAGAGAACAUAGAGCCCUACGUGUGCUACGAAAUCCGCGUGUACGCGCUGUCGGGGGACCGAGGCGGGUGCGGCUGCGUCCUGGGCCACUCCAAGCACAGAGCACCGCUGAGCGGCCCCCACAUCGAGGCCAUCACGGAGACCCAGGGGCGCGUCCUGGUGUCGUGGAGCGGGGCCCAGGAGCAGGUGGGCUGCGUCCUGCGCCUCCGGAUCUACUGGAGGGAACGGAACUCCAGCGCCCCGCCAGGUCUCCAAGAGUUCGCCCCCGGACACACCCAGAGCCCCUACCCGCUCCCAGGCCUGCAGCGCGGGGUGACGUACGUGCUGUGGAUGACCGCGCUGACGGCCGCCGGCGAGGGCCCCCGGGGAAACAAGUGGGAAUUUCGCCUUCAGGGGACAGGCAGCUGGAGCACCGUGCUGGUCCCCAGCGCCUGCAUGGCUGUCAUCACCGUGGGCGUCUUCUCCACACGCUACUUCCGUCAAAAGGUGCUGUUUCUGCUCUCAGCCCUCCGGUCGCAGUGGUGCAGCCCAGGGAUCCCGGACCCGGCGAACAGCACCUGGGCCAGGAGGUUCCUGCUGGAGGAGGAGAGGACGCCGCUGCCAGGGGACGGGACGCAGGUGGCUGUGUCCCCUCUGGAGGAGUCCGAGCCCCUGGUCAUCAACGAGGUCCUGCAUGGCCACCCCCGCUGGCCCGAGCAGGGACAGGGAGGCCGGGGCCCCUUGGUGUACACGGAGGACCCGGGGGGCAGAGGCUGCAGCCCGCCCCCCAUGGGAGCCCUGUACAAGGUGCUGGGGGGCCGGGGUGGGGAGCCGGUGCAGGGGGUGCCACUCCCAGGCCCCGACGGCUACCUGCCCGCUGGCCCGGGGGAUGUGGCCACCUGUGGGUCGCUGCUCGCUGAGCCCACAGAGGAGCCGGAGCCGCAGCGCGUCGCCCUGUCCGUCUUCACGACCGGCGCCCUGCACCCGCUCAGCGAGGCCUGCGGCCGGAGGCUGACUCUGGACCAGCUGAGGAUGGGCUGUGGCUCUCCGCUGCUCUGAGCUGCAGGGCACGAGGAGUCCCGAGCAGCAAGGGCUGCAGAGGGCAGAGCCCAGCUCACCGCGCGGACCUCCCCGAGCGGGCUCGGCAGCCUUCGCCAUGGUGACGAGAUAGGCCGUGGGAACAAAGCCUGGAAGGUCACAGGUGGAGCAACGUGUCAGCAGCUAACUGCUGGCUUCAGACCUGCCACAGUCCUCCUGUCUCAGCCUCCCAAAUGCUGGGGUUACAGGCAGCGUCAUCGAGGUCAGCCACUGUCAGUCAUUUCGUGGACGGGGCUGGGACUGAACCCAGGGCCUCACACAGGCGAGGCGAGUGCUCUCGCAUCAGCUUGGUCCCGGCCGCGGCACAGCUCGUAAGCACCAGAGCAGCGGCAAACAGCCCGGCCCAGUGAAGGGGAGCCUGGCCCUCCUCGCCCAUGGAUGCCGCUGGCUGCAGAAGCUCCCGUUUCGGCGGGAAGGAAGGGGGCUGCACUCGUGGGGCUCGGCGGCCUGAGAGCCGUCACACGGCGCUGGCCCUCGCUCCGCCCGGCGGCUCCGUGCCCAGUCGCAUCUCCUCACACGCACGCCGCGCACAGCCCGUGCCGCCUGUGCCCCCGCAGUCCCGUCCCUCGGCCUCGGCCUCGCCCCUGCCGCGGCUCUGAGGAAGUCCGCAGCGCACGCUUGGCAGUCUCAGGCCUCCCUUCCCAGUGCAGGUGCGCCCCCGGCCCGUGGGACCUCAGGGAGCGGGCGCUGCCGGGGCCCCGGGGUUCGGAGAAUGAACUCAGCUCCGUGGCUGCGGCCCCUGGCCCUGGUUGAGCCCGGACAGAGCUGUGGUCGGCAGCGCCAGCCCCUUCCGGCCAUCUGGCGACAUCAGGCCUCCCCAAGGUUUAGGGGGCGCACAGGCCGUGUGCCCCGUUCUCAGUGCUGGGGAGGCCCCGCCCCCGGUUCCCCACCCGGGUCCCGUGCUCACCGGCCACCAGCUGCCCCUCUCCUGUUGAUCUGCUUGUAUGGAUCGGGGCAACCAGCAAGGAGACAAGGUCAGCCAGCCGGCCCUCCAGCGGCAGAGCAUCUUCUAGCCAGUUCCGACAUUUUCUGUAAACCCACCUCGGUUCCUAGGGUCUGAUGACCCUAAGUAGCAGGAGACUGAUGGCUCUCAGCAAAGGCACGUCUGGCUGUCCCUUAACUGAGAUGCGGUUCGCUUCUUCCGCCUCUGCCUCCCAAGUGCUGGGGUUACACGCGCCUAAUUUAGACCUAAGUAAGGCCUUCAUGAACACAAAGUGCACUAAAAAAUGGGAACACGAGAUGAAGCUGAAGCCCCAUUCUGUUUUUACGGGCAGGGUCCUUACCCCUCCUCAAUUUCAAGAAAACACCACACAAACCAGUUGCCUGUCUCUGUUUUUUUUUUUUUCCGGUACGGGGAGUCGAACUCAGGACCUUGCGCUUCCUAGGCAGGCGUUUGUGCCGAUGAGCUAUAUCCCUGCUCCCUGCCAGUUGCCUGUCUCUGAACAUUUCACCCAUCGCAAAGGCCUGGGUGUUCAGCCCCGUAACGGGCACAUCUGCUGGUGUCUGCGUUCCUUCCAGAACACCCCAUCACCGAGUCCUUGACACACCCACACCUGUGACAAGUGUUUCCGGUGUGGCUGCCGGCAGCACCCUCCUUGCACACAGGUGUGAGGUGAGGGACACACAGUUCCCACGGUAACGCGGCCCACAGACGCACGAUCCACUAGAACAUGUAGUGCCAGGGACAAAGUCGUCAGCAGUCAGAUGUCAAGAACCAGAUCAGCUUGGACCAUCUUCACCGUGUGAAAACCAGCACCAGUUCUUCAAGCUGAGAGAUUUCCUUAAGGUCCUCAGAUCCACCAGGGACCAGCUACAGUGAUCAGGGUGACAUGGGGUGACACACCAGCCCCACACAGCACUGUGUGCGGCCCACGCUGAGCUCAAGGACGACGCAGGAGCCAUCCCACCACCAGGUGCGAAGCCCCGUAGGUGACCCAGAGCAGCCCCAGGCCCGGUGCACUUGUCUUCCUGUCGCAGAGCAGGACCAGCGCCCGCCCAGCCCGCUGGGGUGCAGCAAGGCCAGGGGUCAUGAUGGCACGGUGCGUGACACCCCAAAACCCAAGCAUGCCCCUUGCGUGGGCCACUCCUCUCCCUUCCACUUGGAAGCGAGUCCCGGUUCCUUCCUAUGAAAGCAGCAGCGGCACGAAAGCUACUUUCUGCCCACUGAAGGGCCUGGCACAGUUGUCUUCUCACCCAGGCAGGAUGUACGCGAUCCUCAUCUCUCCAAAAAGCCAGCUUCACAGCCAUGUGGGAAGUGCUAAAGAGCGCUGAGUAUACGCAAGCUGCAAGCUACACUGUCGUUGAGAAUAUCCACUUUCCUAACAGGCAACCCCGUGGUGCCGCCCCUUUCUGGUAAGAAGGGAGUCUGAUUACUCCACCGCGCCCUGGAGGCCGGGGGACUGAACGCAGGCCUACAGCUGAGCAUUUUCACACAGGGAGACACUGACCCAGGGUGGCCGAGGCAGGGCACUGCAUUCCAUGCCCGUGUCCUUCCACCCCUCUAACACUGUGAAAGCCAUGCUUAGCUCAGGGGUGGCCAUGGGCAGGCCAGGUCACUCUACAGACACCUGGCUCCCACACACUGCACACCUCUCCACUCGCCCAGGCUGGCAGGGAAUCUGUGAUCUUCCUGCCUCAGCCUCCCAAGCAGCUGGAUUACAGGUAUGUGCCGCCACAUGGGGCUUAGACCUGGCAUCCCAGAGGGUGCUUCCCUCGUUAGUAUCUCCACUCCUUCCUGAACUCAGGCUUCUGUACAGCUGUAUCUUUGUUUCUGGACAUUCUCGGAUCUAGUAAAUACCUCGUUUCAACCACUUCUCAUAAACUCCCAAGUCUGAACACAACGAGAUCAAGAGCAGCUUGGGUGGAAGACUCACCGAGAGGUAACCAGUACGGCCAAAUACCCCUCACCGGAGACUGGCCACCUGGGUGGGGCAUACACCCAGCUCCACGGUCCAGGUACAGCACGCAAAGCCCCAGGUUCAAGUCCCAGCACCACAAAAGACCACAUGCAAGCCCAGGCACUGCCCCGAGGUACCCCAGGAGAAGGGGUGGGAGGGAGGGACACGGUUCGCUUGGCAAAUGACCUUACUGUAACUUCUAGACCUCCCAAUCAGGUAUCACCUUACUGCCUGCUACUAUACGUACCCUAAAACCACCUCUGCAGAGCACACACCGGUGCACACACUGGAAGUCAGUAAGAACCAAGGUGUACAUCCUGGGAAAUGGGCAGAAAAUGCUCAAAUGGGGAGGGGGAGGAGGGAAGACAAAAUGGAAACACAGCUUUGUAAAUGAGGGGAAGAGGACUGGAGGGGAGAGGGGGCAAUAAAGACCACACAGGUACCAAUUCGCUUAUGAUCGUUACACUGAAAAUGUACCAACGAAUUUUGAGUUCCUGGCUUUCCGUAACUUGGAAAUGUGGGCUCUGACAUACUUAUCAAUAACUGGGGCAGUCCGACCCCCAGCUUACCUUCACCAGGGCCUCUGGGGCUCCAGCAGCUCCCCAUCUUUUUAAACCUCAGGAGCAGAUUUCUCCCACCUGCUGGCCUCCCGUGUACAGUGCCACGCACAGUAUUUAAACUCCUCUCGCGGUGCUGUCACCUCUAACAAUUAGAAAAGUAGUACGGAGGGACACCCCCCACCCGUGCUUCCACUGUGCAGAGAACCAGGUGAUGAGCCGUGCAGGUCUGUGUGCAUCCCAGCCCCCCACCCCGCGGCUCCCACAGCCCCCCGCGGUCAGGGAGCAGCUUCCAGCCAGCGGCCCAGACCUGGCUCCCAGGGAUGGCGCUGUCCGCCCUUAGAGCUGUUUACCUGAACUUUACAUUGUUUUAGCUGCUGUUAAGACAAGGGUCGUUCCCCAAUUUUGAUAACCUGGUUUAUCAAAUAAAAACCUCACAGAAAAUUGCAAACAUUACACUUUUUAAAAAUGAAGUAAUACCUUGGAGUACAGAGGUUAAAAACCAGGACACACGUGAUAAUCCAGGGGCUCCUAUUUGAUUGCUCUUAUGACUUUUGCGAAGUGACCAUGAAAAUAAACCUUUAUUUUCCGUUAUUACCCAAGGAGAAAGGUUCACAGUUUUAGCUCUUGAUACAAAGUCAACUAGGAGGCAAAUUCACAUCCAUCACACACAACUAACGGACCAGCUUCUCAGGUGCAGCCGUCCCGGAAGCUUGCGACAUCCGCAGGACUGCUGCGCUCCUGGCGACACGGCUGACAGCAAGGACAGUUUGCCAGGUGUUUCUAAUAGCGAGUGUUUCUCUAGUGUGUUGCGGUUUCUACUCCCGUUCCGGGCUGCGUCCCUGGGAGGUGACAGGCAGGCUGAGUGCCAACUGUACCUCAGAAGGCCGCCGGUCCCAGAGACGGACUCGGGAAUACUGUGCUCGUCUCGGGGCUGCAGGGACGUUUGUAACUAGCAACGAUACUCAGCAGUAGCACCAGUGCAGAACGUGCUCAGGCCGGAGAUCCAGACACCAGCGCGAGUUUGCCCUCACCCAGAGCCACCCCCCCUCCCCAGGUGACCACAGCUGACCCGGUGUGGCGCUCCAGGACUGAUGGCUCUCAGAAGCACACGGAAGCAUACGCUCUCAGAAGCGGCUAAGUAGCAGGUGUGUUUAAGAUUAAGAUAGCUGCUCUCUUCUAAAAUUGGAAAUUACCAGAGGUAGAACAUUUCUGACAGUUCAAUGGCAGAAGUUUUGAAACUUUUUAAACAGAACUCCUUCCCCCAGGUAACCAAUGAUUGUGGCAGGAUGAAAACAACUCCUCGCAACCCUGUUCAAUGACGCUUCCGCCAUGGUUUUUUACUGGGGAAGAUGGGGGACAGGAAUAGCUCCUGGGACAGGGCGGGUCCCCAGUGGGUUGCCCGCCAUGGACACUUCAGUAAGGGGUACUGCUCCCAGCGCGGGACCCAGGUGACCCCAUGCCCUAGGUAAGGAAGAAGGGAAGGGAAUUAUCACCUUCUGUGGAACAAACAUCAACUGAAGACCAAUCAGUAACAAAGUAGGAAAUCCAUGAAGAGUAAAUUUUGGCUUGUAUUUUACGGAUGGCGCCGCUGUUCCACCUUGUGAGUAAAGCAGGCCGCUGUCCAAAUGCCAGAACCCCGAACACAUGCUGCCUCGCCCACGGCCCAGGGCCCUUUGGUCUCCUCAGAACAAGGGUGAAGGGUUGCUAACUACAGAUUUACCUUCUGAUCGGGGGCCCUUCCACACACAAACCCUACCCGGGCCGGACACUGCACAGACGCGGAAAUGCUCCGCACUCGCCAGGCGGAGCACUCCACCCGCCGCACUGGAGGGGAGACCCGCACCGCAGGACGAGUUCACCACACAGGAUGCGUCCACAGCAGGAAGCAGCUCGAACAGCUUCUACCAAUAAAGUGUCUAGUUUGGCUUUUAAGGUGGGAAAGUCACACAUUUUGAAGUAAAUAUAGUUGAGCUUGUCAAUCAGGUAUAAUUUGAACCUAAGGAACCAUGCAGGAGAGCGAAGGUUAAUAAACCAAUGUGCUUUGAAUUUGUUCAAGUACUGAUAUUUCUGUAUAUAAAGAUUUAGCAUAUAUAACAGCUAUCAUGAGAAGUGAAAAAAGACUUUUCCCCAAAAAUGAAAGUAUUAAAACUAAGUUAAAAUACAUAAAAUAGUUAGUAUUCCACACAGCGUAAAACCUGACAAAUCAAAGCUUACAAGUCCCAGUUGACCAUGUGUGAAAAUGCAAAGCUGGUUUUAAAACCAAUAGUAGGUCCAAUAUUUAAAACCAGUCUGUAAUUGGG